ACCCGAUUUUAAAAGAUGAAGCUUCCCUCAAUUACCAGACGGAGUUACUCUUCUGCGACACUGUUUCGUCUUGUUAAAGCGAAGAUUUUUCAUUGAAAUUAUCUACUGAUCAGAUAGCUUUGGCCAACUUUCCGAGGCAAUGAGCUAUUGGGAGGCAAGAAACGGUGAGGAGAUUAAGAAACAUGUAAAGGAACAUGGUGUGUCGGGUAUUGAUGAGUUCGUCAAGAAGCGCUUGGAGAGUUGGAAAAAGGAGGAUGUGGAUAUUGGUAUCACUGGCGAUUCAGGAGCUGGAAAAUCGAGUUUUAUCAACGUGUUACGGGAGUAAGUAUUCUCGUGUGUAAUAACACUAAAUAGAGAAGAGAGAUUAAGGAAGCCAACGAAGUCGACUCUUCUCAGUGUGUCACGUCAUCGAGUUACGUACUCUCUAUAUAUAUAUUUCACUUUCCCGUCACCGCCGCUAUGAAGUCUUUUAGUGAGCAGUUUUUUGUGACCGAAACUCACCUUUUCUUAUGACACUAAAUAGAGAAGAGAGAUUAAGAGAAUACGCUGAAGACGCUUCAUGGUUGUAACAUCUGUCUUUAAUAAAUUUUCACUUUCAUUUUCACUUUCAACGACGAAAUGAUCCCGUAAUUCCAAGGGAAAUUCAUUCAUAUUCAUAUCGCUUUAGACGCUCUCCCGACCAACUAAAACCUUCUGUUUUCUUGAAAUUCAUGUGGUUCAUUUAGGCAAAUGAAAGUAUUAGCGAGCUUUUGUAGCUUCUGCCUCUUAUGCAUAUGUUGUUUAUCAAUACUGUGACCUGUCGAGAGAUCAAAUUCCUUUUUCUUUCCAAAACACAUAUAGGAAACGACAUUUAUGUGCCGACAGAUCAAGACAUGAUCGUUUUUUUUGGUGUGUCUGUGAAACUUUCUUAAGGAGACAAACAAUUAUUGGUAGUCUGAUGAUCCUUGUAAAAACAUUGAUAUCGCCGGUAACAUCGUAACUCAAAAACCCGAUGUUCCGAGAUAAAAGUGAACCCUUUGAGAGUCAAAUUAUCAUGAUAUCAGUACGUAAAUGAAGCUGCUCAUGAAUUAGGAACAAAAUAUGCAGACAAAUCUCACAAAAUCAUUUGCGUAAACUGAAAAAAUGAAUUAUCAGGUGGUAAAAGAUAUUUCAGAGAAAAUGAUUGGUAACAAAUUAAAUCGUCUGUUUCUUUUUAAGUCUUUAUGAAGAUGAUGAUGGCGCUGCCCAGGUUGAUGUCAAGGAAUGCACCAAAGAGCCUACACUCUAUAUUCACCCAAAAUAUCCAAACGUAAAGUUUUGGGAUCUACCAGGAAUUGGAACUCGAAAUCACCCUGACCUGGUAACGUACCGCCAAAAAGUACAGCUGGAUAAAUAUCAUACAUAUCUUAUUUUUGCAAGCAAUCGAUUUACCGAGAACGACAUCAUAUUGGCCCAAGAGAUCAAGAAACAAGAGAAGUCUUUUUUUUUCAUUCGCACAAAAAUAGAUGAAGCUGUUCGAGCAGAAAAGCGAAAGAAAUCUUUCAACGAAUAUGAAGUGUUGCUGAAAAUCCGCCGCAACUGUAAGGAAAAUCUGGUUGACGAGGCCGGCAACCCCAUCAGUGGUGAAAACGACAUCUUCCUGAUAAGCAACCAUGAUCCGGAAAAGUGGGAUUUCAGUCAACUCACCGAAGCGAUUCUUGAUGCAUUGCCGAGAUAUAAGCGAGAGGCACUCACCAUGUCUCUCAAUGCCCUAACCAGCUUGUCAAAAGAUAUCUUAAAGAGAAAAGUUCAGAUUCUCUAUGGGCGGAUGAUCCUUGUUGCGGCAGCAUCUGGUGGAGUCGCGGCGAUUCCAGUUUCUGGGUUAUCUAUUGCCGUCGAUGCCGCUCUCAUAUUCAAUGAGAUUAGGGAGUACAUAGCCCAGCUUGGUAUUCCUUUGGAAGGGUCCAAAAUAUUUGAGAUGGUAAGUUAUGUCACCCAAAAGGCGAUUGUUGACAUGCAUCUCAUGUUUUCCUCAAAGGCCAGCAUCCUCUCAUUAUUUGCAAAAGAAGCUGCCACAGGAGUUGCUGCGGAAGAAAUCGUUCGUUUUAUUCCGGUUGUAGGUUCAGUGGUAGCUAGCACUCUAUCCUUUGGCUGCACGAUUCUUUUUCUUCGUAGCUGUCUAAAAAAAAUUGAAAAAGUAGCAUUAGCAGUCCUGGAGGAAGCUAACCAGCGAUCAGUUGAUAAUUUAGAUCAUGAAUAAGCUUGUAUUAAUCCAGGUUUAUAAGGAACCGUUUUUUCCACUUGGUUUUGUUUGUUGAGUUGUUGUCAGUGUAGAAACCCUGAUUGAAAUACUUGCAAUGAAAGAUCGAAUUGCCUUGCAAAUUCGCAAAAAAAGUAGUUAAGCUGAGUUACUUUCUUUUUCCUCGAACGGAUGGAAGUCAGAUAUUAAGAUUCUAACUUUUUACAGAAUGAAAGCUAUAGUCUUUUUUGGAGGGAAGGUUUGAUUAAUUAUUCUUCAUGUAACUAAUUUUUGUAGAAUUGAUGAGAAGGUCAGUGUUAUCUGUUGACCUUACAAACUAUGUUACUACUAUAACAAUAAUAGUAUUAAAGAGGAUUAGUUAAGACCCUCGGGAAGCUUAAGAACUGCGAAAACUUUGGUUUUCAUUGGCUAGUAUAAUAUGUUUUAGUUAUCGCUGAAAAUAUUGACUGUUUCAAGGUUGGUAUGUUGAUAGGACACUGAUUUUAUUAAAACAGUAUUGUAACCGGGUUGUAGUAAAGCAAGUAGCGUUAUAUGAAUAAGACUCGCUGUUAAGAUGUUCAGUUAUUGUUUAAAAAACCACUAAGGUGUAGCUCUCUCCAACCAACGGCUCGUGUCGUGGAACCUUUAAAAGAUAUCCAUUGCAGGAAGUGACUAUGGGCGAAAAACCUAAACUCAGGAGAUUUUCCAGAGUGGUGAAGAGAGACAAACAAAAUAAAGAAUUUACAGAAAAUAAACUCUCAGAAAUACAAACAUGUUGUAACUGUAAUAGGCAUUUUGUGACGUAUUUUAAGGAAGCCAAAUCAACAGACCUGUCAGAUCACAUUCUGCAGUGAAACCACUCGCGAUGGCCUUUCUUCGCCUGAUAACAGCAAAAUUAUGUCUGUUCUGCAGGCUAUUAUUAGUACCGAGGUAAAAGCAUUUCCAUGUGGGUGCACAUUUCUUAGGCAACAGUUGAACAAUAAUUCAAGUUUCGCGCCAGAAAAUCAUGGCGCUUUUGAUUCCUGUCUGCACGAAUGUUUCCAAAUUUUUCAUAUUUUUUCCACACUGAGGAAGGUGGCUAAUCGACCAGAUGCUUUAUUUCUUCCACGAAAUGAGCCGCAUGUUCUGACUUUUUCCAAGAAAACCGUUUACGAAAUAAUGCUGUGGUUUCCGCAAGAUGAUUGGCAGGUCCCUUUAACGUGAUGUAUCAGUUUCUGUUAUACCCUAC